UGAGUUCGCCGGCGCCCCCACCGCCGGCGGUGGAAAGGAGGUCGCCGCUGGUUUAUGUAAGUAGGGCGGUUAGGGAGGAUAUGGCACCUGGGGUGACGAAGGUGGGUCCGGUACGUGGUGGUGGUGGUGACGUGGAAGGGGGAGAAGUUGGAGGUGAGAGACGGUCGAGGGCGGCUGUAGAGUCGAUUCUUGAAAGGUCGCAAAGGGAUGUUAUGAUGAACAGGGUGGCUUUAGGAUUUAGGGUUUGUGCGGUUAUUUUUUGCUUGAUUUCGUUUUCGGUUAUGGCAGCUGAUAAAACUCAAGGUUGGACUGGUGAUUCAUUUGAUCGUUACAAAGAGUACAGGUAUUUGGUAGCUGUUAAUGUUAUUGGAUUUGCAUAUGCUGGAUUUCAAGCAUUUGAUCUAGCACUCAGUUUGGCAACUGGGAAACACUUUCUCUCUUACCAUAUGCGAUAUCAUUUCAAUUUCUCAAUGGAUCAGAUACUGGCAUAUCUUAUUAUGUCUGCAUCGUCUUCUUCUGCAACGAGGGUAGACGACUGGGCAUCAAAUUGGGGAAAAGAUGCAUUCACAGAAAUGGCAAGUGCAUCAAUCGCGCUGUCUUUCCUGGCUUUCAUUGCUUUUGCCUUCAGCUCUAUCAUAUCUGGUUAUAGCCUCUGCAACCGUACUUCCUCAUGAUCUUGAAAUGAGUUACAACUAUUCAUCCAUUGCGUAAUUUUGAGAAAUUACUGCAACAAAUAUUUAUGUCUAGUGGAUCAGAAGUUGUACAGAUGUAGUUAAUAGAUUUAGCUGUAUAAUAAUCUCUUUUUUUCCCACUCCUACUGCAGAUGAAUAAAUAUACAAAUCCGGUUAAGCAAAUUGUAUUGUUGAGUAGCUGAAAAAAAAAUGUCAAAUAUGCAUAUGUUCUUAUGGAUAUGGUAUAUGUUAAAUCUUUAUGAUGUAUUGAACAGUGUGAAUGUGAAACCUUUUUAUUAAGAGACAUAAUCAAAUCUUA